CGUGAUGCCGUGAGGGCGGGAGGGAAACGGCAGCGAGUUUCGCGGACUGAGGCCUGAGGGAGCCCGUGCGCGAGGGCACGAGAGAGGGCGCGAGGGAGGGCGCGAGGCGAAGGGGGCCGUUCUCUGUCGCCGCCGCCGCCUCCUCCUCCUCUGCUGCAUUGCAGCCUCCCUCCCUCCCUCCCUCGGCGUCUGAGGCGCUGCACAAUGGCGGCUCCCGGUCCUGGCCCUGGCCCUGGCUCCGGGCCCCAAGCGGCGGCGCACACCACCGUCAGCAGCAUGCAGGGCUUUCAGAUAAACUUCUGUGAAAAAGCACAAAGUAAGCGCAGAGCACUGAAGCUGAAUUUUGCAAACCCACCUUUCAAAUCCACAGCACGAUUUACUUUAAACCCCGGAGUUCCUUUUCAGAAUCCACACAUUGAUACUCAAGCAACAAUGGGUAGUAAUCACAUUGCCCCGUUCACUUUCAAAAGGAGAGAAGCGGAGAUGAUCGUGAAACUUUCCAGCAGGCUACAAGAAAGACUGAGAACACACAGCAUUGAAUCAUCGGGAAAGUUGAAGAUUUCCCCUGAACAGCAUUGGGACUUUACGGCAGAGGACCUGAAAGACCUUGGAGAAAUUGGACGAGGAGCUUAUGGUUCUGUCAACAAAAUGGUCCACAAACCAAGUGGACAAAUUAUGGCUGUUAAAAGAAUUCGGUCAACAGUGGAUGAAAAGGAACAGAAACAGCUUUUAAUGGAUCUGGACGUAGUUAUGCGAAGCAGUGACUGCCCAUAUAUUGUUCAGUUUUAUGGAGCACUAUUCAGAGAGGGUGACUGUUGGAUCUGUAUGGAGCUCAUGUCUACCUCGUUUGAUAAAUUUUACAAAUAUGUAUAUAGUGUAUUAGAUGACAUUAUUCCAGAAGAAAUUCUAGGCAAAAUCACUUUAGCUACUGUGAAAGCACUAAACCACUUAAAAGAAAACUUGAAAAUCAUUCACAGAGAUAUUAAACCUUCCAAUAUUCUUCUGGACAGAAAUGGAAAUAUUAAACUCUGUGAUUUCGGCAUCAGCGGACAACUUGUAGACUCUAUUGCCAAAACCAGAGAUGCAGGGUGUCGGCCGUACAUGGCACCAGAAAGGAUAGACCCCAGUGCAUCCAGGCAAGGUUACGAUGUCCGCUCCGAUGUCUGGAGCUUAGGGAUUACAUUGUAUGAGCUGGCCACCGGACGGUUCCCCUAUCCCAAAUGGAAUAGUGUAUUUGAUCAACUGACACAAGUAGUCAAAGGAGACCCACCUCAGCUGAGUAAUUCAGAUGAACGGGAGUUCUCCCACAGUUUUAUAAACUUUGUCAACUUGUGCCUUACAAAGGACGAGUCCAAACGGCCAAAGUAUAAGGAGCUUCUGAAACAUCCCUUCAUUCUAAUGUAUGAGGAGCGAACGGUAGAUGUUGCGUGCUAUGUUUGUAAAAUCCUGGAUCAAAUGCCAGCAACUCCCAGCUCUCCCAUGUAUGUUGAUUGAUACUGCUGCUACAUCAGAACUCUAGGGCAAAGUGCUGAGAGCGAAAUGUACAGAACCUUCACCCCCCAUAUUGCAGUGUUUUAAUGCUCGUCCAGACACCAUGUGCAAUAAUGUUGGUGUUUUUCUUCCAUUCUGUCUGUAUAUUAUUAUCACUUAAAAAGUGCAUCCAUGUAAUAUCUGAUCACACACAGUGUUAGUGUCAGUCAAAGAGAGACGUCAUUUUGCUCUUUUUGUGGACAUAUUCAUGAAAUGUGGAAAUAAUAACCUUUUAUUUGUUGACCAUGAUUGGAUAAGACCUAGAAGUUGUUUUCUAGAUUCAGAGACUUCUCAGCAGCUACUGGAAUGAUUUUCUUCUCUCAAACUCUUCCAAUUAUUACAGAUAACUUAAAAGAAAGGAAGUUAGGCAUUGGUUUGUCUGAUUCUGAACAUAAAGAAACUCUGCCUGGGAAAAGAAGAACUUGUGCAGCCAAAUGAGCUACUUUUAACUUCUGGUGCCAGAAAAAGGCAAACAGGGGAUAAUAUAUAAAUAUAUAUAAAUAUAUAUAUUUUCUUCACGAAGUGCAAUAGAUUGAUUGAUUUGAAGUUCUGUUUUUCAGUCACAGUCUAUGUUUUAAAGACAGUGUGGUUCAGCAGAACUUCCAUGUUUUUGGGGAGGUGUGGGCAGAAGAUGCGAUCAUGUAAAAUGGACUAUGUUAUUACCAAAAAUAUAAAUAAAUAAAACAAAAGACAUGCAUUGAAAGAGGCUAACAGUUAAAACUCGUGAGAGAUGGAAAAUACUGUAUUCUUUCAUUUUCCAAGUAAGCCAUUUGAUAGAACUAGGUGUCCUGAAAAUUGUUACCUGGUGAGGUAAGACUUUGACCUGAGGAAAUAUUAAACUACUCAAUUGAAUUUAACUGGCUUAUGACCCCUGAUUUCUAAUUUUGUAAUUCUUGUUAACUGGCUAAACUUCUACAUUUCAAAAUGCACUGGACAACCUGAUGUUGUUAAGAGCCAUGUUACAUUAUUAAUCCAUAAAUAUUUAUAAUUCACUUCCAUUAAAUGUUGUUCUCCAAAUGCAUAAUCUAGACUCCUCACACAGAGUUCUCGGUGUGCUUUGGAUCUUCUUCAUAUUCUGAUAACUGCUAUCAGAUCAAAUACGUUGAAUAGUUUGAGUCCCAAAACAAUCAUAAGGAUGCUAAAUAUGUUGAAUAUAAUUUAUGGAUGAAUUAAGACCCUCUGUAAAUGUUUAUUUUUUAUCAGAGGAAUUGCCAAACAAAAUAAUAAAUGAGAGAACUGAAAUGUUAAAUCAUUCAAAAGUAUUUGUCUGAAAGAAAAACUGUAGAAAUUGUAUUGCCAGAUCAAGGAGGAAAAUCUUUAAACAAUUAUUAGUGUUUGGGUCACCCAGUGAAAAAUUAACUUGUAAUAAAAGGAAGAGGAAGUGGAUGUGCACUUGGAAUAACCCAAAGCUCCUUGGAGUGCCAUAGUCUUACAUGUAAGACUAUGUAUGACUCGGUCAGUAAAAUAAGUGAUAAGACAUCAUUUCUGUAACCAGGUAACUCACAUCUAGCUUAUCAACUGGUUGAUAGGCUCUUACAGAAAAACUAUCAAUGCAACAUGAUCAACUGGAUGGGAAUCAGUUAUGAGUUUCCCAACAGCGUGAUUUCUUCCUUGUAACCCCCUUAUGGGGCGGGCAACUAGCCUAGUCUGGAGACUUCCAACCUGCACAUGCCAAACUCCUGGUGGUUAUUCCUUUUCUCUGCCAAAACCCUGGAUAGUCUCGAUAGCUGUAUCUUCUUUCCCAUUCAACUCUAAUGUAUUUUGGUAGAGCACUUCCAUUCAGUCAACCAGGAAAUGGAGUUAGCUUCCCUUUAAGGCUUAAUCGAUGACUAAGAUGAAGAUGGACAAUUCUAGCAUCAUCAUAGAUUGUUAUAAUAUACUCUUUAAGGGUGCAACAUUUAUAUUACAGUGUAUGUUUAUAAAGAUGUAUAGUGUUCAGAAGCUGUGAAAAUAGUGUAAGAACUGUACAUUGUGAGCUCUGGUUAAUUUUUUUUCUUGUACCAUAGAAAAAUGUAUAAAAGUUUAUUGAGAAGCUGAUGUGCAGGGAUAUUGCCUUAUCAUCUGUAAGUAAAAUGGAGUUUGACAACUUGA